AUGUCCAACUGGUCUCCGUUCUUAUCGGACGAAAUGGACGCUUGGAUUUCCGGAUCCUCUUGGCCGGACCAACAGCCACACUCACUUCCAUCAUAUUCCGCUCUGCAGUCCAGCCAAUCCUCGACGUCCUCGUUGGCGCCCUUCUUACCGCCUCUGUUCAACUCCCUCACUUCCUUCCACUCGUCCCUGGGCUCGCCGACGCCAAACCUGGGCUUCCAUGCGGCUUUUGGCCAAGCACCUGCCUCUGUCUCUGCCUCUUCCUCUUCCUCUUCGACUGCCUUUGGACUGUCGCCGUUUGCAGCUCCAACAUUGUCGACGUCAUCCCAACCAGCCGGCCGCCGUAGUGACAGACCAUCGCUGCCUCCGUCACAACACCCUAGCACCGGGCCCCUGCACCUUACUAACCUGACCGACCACUUCCCGACAACCACCACUACCACAACUAGCUCUACCACAACAUCAACAACAUCCUCCCGCCAAAACUCCACGCAGCAACAAACCCACCUCUCCCACCUCUCCGCAGACCCCGCCUCUCGACUUCAACACACUCUCACCGCCCCACUCCACGGAUCCUCAAUCAACGAGCCUCGGCAGGACCGUCUGCGCGAAACGAACAACGACGAUUUUCUCGAGGCUUUCGCCACCGGCGACUUUUCUUCGCCUUCCUUGCCACCGUACAGUCCACAAAGCCCACCACAACAUCGGCCUCGGUACGACUCCCGUCUCAAUCAAUCGAGCUAUUCACAAAGACCUGGCUUCUCUGCACGAUUCGGGCCAGCCCAUCGAGUACCCGGCCCUCAUAGCCCACUGGUCAAAACAGAGGAUCAAGGGGACGGCGACCACGACGAGGACGACAAGAUAACUAUCGAUUCACUUCUUGCCGAGAUGCCUGCGACCAGGAAGCGCACUCGCGCCGUGGCCUCGCCCGAUGAGCGCGAUGGCCCAUCUGCACCCAAGCGAGCCCGCACAGCGGUUGCACACAGAGCGGCCACGCCAGGCCGAUCGAGAAACACCCCACGACCUGCAACCUCUAGGCAUUAUACCCCUGUGCAGGCGGCGGUCACAAUCGAGUCUGACGACAACGAUAUCGACAGCCUCUUCGACGGAGAUGGUGAACAAGGCGGGGUCGAGCUCUACGACUUGACCAAGUCCGAAGAUGCGGUGCCUCAGCACCUCUUCCAGCCCGUGAAGGACAGUAGCAUCAAGCUUUCCACAUUUGAGUGUGUUAUUUGCAUGGACGCAGCCACCAACCUCACAGUCACAUGUUGUGGCCACAUGUUCUGCGCCCAAUGCCUCCACCAGGCCAUGCAUACAGAACUCACAAAGAAGGUCUGCCCGAUGUGCCGCCAGAGAUUGGACAAGUCGACCUCGAAGUCCAGGCCCCCAGCAAAGGCCUUCUUCCACCUCGAGUUGAAGCUCAGACCUUCAAAGAAAAGUGGAAAACAGCCCGCUCGACGCUGA